AUGACGCAAUUGAUUCCCCUUCUUUUUCAUCAGUUCUCUUCUCGUUACUAUCCACUUUUCUUCAAAAGACCCUCCCCAGCUGUCCAACCUCCUUCUCUUCACUCCCCCUCCACCAUAUCGGUGUCUGUGUUGGGUGGCACAACCCGUCUUGCCUCCCUCCUCACACCCGCUUCUCGCAACGGACUUAAUAGUCACCCAUUAGCGACUUUCCAAAGGCUUCACCUGGUCGACACUGCGAUGAUGACGGCGACGACAACAGCAAUGCUACAAACGACGAUGGCGUCUCACCGACCAGUUCGCCAAUCACGACCAGAAACACGUUUGCAUAACGCUCGCCCACUGUCGCUUGCAAGUUACGUUCUCUUUUUCUUUGCCUCAACCGACAUUUUUAUCUCUCUCCCUUUUUCUCUCCGAACACCCGCUUUCAUUCACCAUUCUCUUUUCCCCACUUUCCUUACUCUAUACCCCCAUCUACGUUUUUCUUUUUCACUCUCUCUUUUAUCUCCCGCCUUCCAUUUCAUCAAACCUAUCAUCAUAAUCAUCAUCACAAUCGCCAUCACUUCAUCUCACCUUCUUUCCCUUUCCCCCUGUUUCUCCUCCCACUUUCUUCAAUAUACUUAUCCUUUCCUCUACAUCCUUACCCCCUCUCUCUUCAAAAACUACAAGGGCUUCUCCCAUAUACUUCCUUAG